AUGAUUUCACAAUAUGUGACAAGGCCCAUACAUGAAGCAGUAAUAAACAACAAUAUUUCGAUGGUAAAGCAACAAUGUGUAACUUUGAGGAUCAGAAGACAGUCCGUUAACUUGAAAAACCACAGUGGCUGUACUUCCCUUCAACUGGCCAUCAUUCACAAUGCCGACAUACAAAUAGUUGAAAUGCUGUUAAAUGCAGGUGCCAACAUUAGAGAAACAGACAAAGAAGGCAACAAUAUUUUCCAUUUAUUGGCCCAAUUCGAACGACUAAACAUGUUGCAAAUUGUAUUGAAACAUUGCAAACUUUAUAAUUUGUUAGACUGCGCUGAUAGGUAUAACUAUAACGGACUUACACCUCUAAUGAUCUGCUGCAUGUCGAGUUGGACCCUCGGAGCCAGACAUUUCAUCAAAGCCGGAGUAAAAGUGAACUUGCAAGAUCAGUCUUCUGGGAGAACUGCCCUGUUCCACGCUUCAGAAAUUCAAAAUUGUAAUGUGAAUGUGAUUUCCAUCACUACUGAAUUAGUAAAAAUUCUCUUAGAAGCUAGGGCGGAUCCGAAAAUUAAAAACUUCUUUGGUACAAGUCCACACGACGCCAUGUACGAACUAGACGACAUUGACGAGGGCAUUAAAGGUUUAAUAUUUGGCAAAACUAAAAAACGGAGUCACGAUGCAGAAUUGAACCCAUCAAGGACCGCAAGAGCUGUCAAAGGUCUGCAUACCUUUUCAAAGCUACAGAAACUCGAUACCCAAACGAUUAAUGUGGAGACUGUAUCGGCUAAGGCCGACGCUAAAGCCAAGCAUAAGAUAAUACAGCACGCCAUGAAGCAUCAUAUAAAAAGGAUGUAGGGCCUAAAUUGAACUGAUUAUGCAAAUUACCAUCUAUAAUUCACAUUAAUCAUCGGAAUGGGUAUUAAGUCUCAAGGAGGAAGGAUCAUGAUUUCCCUUAGGAUACAGAAAAAAAAAACAGAAAUGAUUUAG